GCCUCAAAGAGCUGCUGCGAGAUGCCACGAAUUGUUCUCUGUAAGCAAAGUGAGGGAUUAGGGACAGAGCGGGGUUUAUUGGGGCUGCGAGCUCAGCUCCGGCAGCGCCGUGUCUGUUCUGUCAUGUAAUUAAUGAUGGGCCAGGACUGGCCCUGCAAACGCUUCUCUCUUGCCCGUUCAUUUCCACGCCAAUGUCCACAAUGGGGGGUGACAGAAUUUUCCUGCGUCCCUUCACUUUAUGGUGCGUGCAUUCCUAAUUAUCAGGGGGAUCUGCCCCCACCCCCUGGACACUGCCCCAGGCUCUCUGGGCUGUAUAAAAGAGCCGAGCUCCUUGCACAGCUCCAUCCACACUCCUCCACUUCACUCCUCUCAUCACCCAGGUGAGUGCAGCUCCCCAAAACCUCUUUGGGGAUCUCUCUGUCUCCUUCCAUGCAAUUCCCUUCUCACACAAUUUCUUCUCUUUGGGGAUGUUUUCCAGAAGCCUUUACCUGUCUCGAGGAUGUCCUGCUCCAGCCUGUGUGUCCCCAGCUGCGGGGUGGCCACCCCGGCCCCUCUGGCCGACACCUGCAACGAGCCCUGCGUGCGGCAGUGCCCCGACUCCACGGUGGUGAUCCAGCCCCCGGCCUCGGUGGUCACCUUCCCCGGGCCCAUCCUCAGCUCCUUCCCGCAGCAGAGCGCCGUGGGCUCGGCAGGAGCUCCCUACGUCGGAGCCGGCUCCGGUGGCUCCUUUGGAGGCCGUGGUGGCUACGGGGGCUACGGAGGAUUUGGUGGCUACGGUGGCUACGGGGGUUGGGGCUAUGGAGGAUAUGGAGGCUAUGGAGGCUAUGGAGGCUAUGGAGGCUACGGGAGCUGCGGCUACGGGGGCUGGAGCAGUGGCCACCGCUACCUCAAUGGCAACUGUGGGCCCUGCUAAGCCCCAGCGCCAGCGCGGCCUCCGACCAAAGAGAGCUCCAGGAGAAACCCCGGCACAUCCCGACCCGACGCUGUGCGCAAGAAAAGCCCUCGGGCGUGGCAGGGCUCCACACCUCGGGAGCCCCGCGCCAGCUCGGGAAGCACCUCCGCCUCGUCCCUGCCCCGCCUGAGCCUCCCCACGGGGCUCCUGGUGCCCCGGUGCCGGACACUCGCCCGGGGCUGCUGCUCCUGCUCACCCGGGGCCGGGACACCCAGGGGAAGCCCUUGGCCACGGCCCCGCU